UUACUGGCAAAGUCAGUUGCACUUGAAGAUGCUGCGUUUGCUGUUCUUGCUGGCUGCCGGCGUGGCUUUGGGUUCGAUCUACAUCCUGGGCUGCCGGGCGGACUGCAAUGUCUGUGCGACGGCCAGCAGCGUGGCCUGUGCCUCGAACACAACGUUCCAGUUCUGCUCGGAUGACAAUGUGCCCAUACAGCCGGUGUACCCCUGUCCCACGGGAUACUAUUGCACCGCCAACAGCAUCAUUUGUAGCAAGAGCGUGGGUCUUAGGGCCUGCAAUUGUGGUUCGUGCAGUGAAAAUAAAUACUUUGCGUGCCUCUCCGAUCGCACAUAUGCCCUGUGCCUGGGCACGGACUCACCAUCGAUGCUCGUCGGCAGCUGUGGCUCGGAGCAUGUCUGCGACUUGAACAGUCCGUACAUCUGUGCCAAUGGCAGUACCUCCGGACAGCCUACUUGUCCCGCCGGCAGCGAUACGAGUCCUGGUGGUGUGGACCCCAUUGGACUGACUGCCACUGCCUACUGCACCACCAUCCAGAAGACGGGAAAAUUUCCCUAUGGCAUUGAUCCCGAUACCACCUGCAGGCAAUACAUCUCUUGCGUCGUGAAUGGCACAGAGUGGAAAGGAACUCUCAACGAUUGUCCGGGUCUUACCUAUUACGACAGCUCGACAAAGUAUUGCACCACAAAGUUGCCACCCAGAUGCAGCGAGGGAGUCGAAACUUUGAGUCUCAGCAGUUUGCAUCUGUAGUUCGUGUAUUUUAUUCAACUUAUUUGUAGAGAGACUCCAUAAAACCCAACGGAAAUUCCCUGUCAGCAAACCCUUCGCUUACUG